AUGCCGGCGCCGGGCGGCUCGCCGGCGCUCCACGCCGCGGGGGGGCGGUCUGGCCUGCCCGUGCAGGAGUCGGGCAAGGCGUCCGACCCGACUGCAGCCUGGGCGGAGGUCUACGACGAGCUGAGGUCCGCCCAGUCUCUGGCUUCGGUGCUCAACGACCCCAGGAGCGGCAACCGGCUGACUCGCGGGGAGGUGACGAGCCUCGAAGACUUCUGGGACGCCGUGAGGGAGGGCGUUGAGGAGCUGAGCAGCGCGAGAGACGGCGACUUGCCUGUGGCCGACGAGGCCGCCGUAGGAGCGCGCACGGACGAGCUCAUCGGGCCGGUCCCAGAGGCGAGCGAGCUGCAGCCCUACCUGGACACGUUCCGGGAGCACUGGGACGCCUACCACAGGAACCACCAGGGCAGGGGCUCGCGGCGGGAGCUCGCGGCGCUCGGCGCCGCCGCGGGCGGCGGCCCCGCCGUGCCGCCCGAGUACUGCCAGAGUGACUUCAAGCUGGAGCACCACAAGGUCUUCAAUCAGUCGCUCCAGGCGUCGAUCGAGGGCCAGGAGGAGUUCAACUUGGAGCUCACCGGGUACCUCGACCACAUCGAGCUCUCCCUGUGCGAGCACAUCAGGCGAGCCGAGCGGGACCAGCUCUUCGAGUCGCUGGCGAGGAUGGGCGAGCCACUGCGGGUCGACGUCCAGGCAACCCUCGAGGUGGUGAGGCUGCUGCGGGGCAGGAUGAGGUCGCGCGUCGCCGCCCGCGGGGUUCUCGGGCUGAUCGCUCGCGAGCAACUUCUGCCCUCCGCAGUCGCGAUGUCUGCCGCGGUGGAGAGCCUCGACCGUCUGCAGAAAGGCCAGGUUGAGACACAUUCCACGCAAGCCACGGACGCGUCAAUGGCCAUGGAGAAGCUCACGCAGGCAGUCUCCGCAACGCAACUCUCCGCGCACAAGCUUAAGCAGCUGAUGAACGCUUCAGGGGUUAAGACGAACGAGACGUUUGCUAAGCUUGAGUCGCAGAUCCGUGUUCUUGGAGGUGCUCAGCUGCCCACCUGCGCCACCCCGCUCGUCAAGAAUAUCGAUGCCAUGGGGAGGCAGGUGUCGGACAAAUUCUACGACCAGUUCCGCGUGGCCCUACCGAAGUUGCGAGACCCAAGGUCGCAGGUCAUCCACAGCCUUCGAACGGGGCGCGAUCUUCCGAUCGACCUGGCCAAGUGCGCCGGUUGGCCAGACGGGGCGCUCGCGCUCGAGCCGCAGCACGGGGCCUUCAACGAGCAGGGCAUCCCAAAGGCGAUCGCAGAGGGGAUUCCUGAGCUGAUCGGAGGACCCCUAUCCAGUCAUCGCGCCGUCGAUGACGUGUCCAGUCGCCUGGUGGUUGAUCGAGGCCGAGUGCUAUCGAUUGCGUCUCGCGGUCCUGCUGGCAGCCUCCAGCGGUUGACAGAGCUCAUCGAGCCGCAGAGGAACCAUUGUCUCAAUGUUGAACUUCUUCAGAACAUGUGCAGGCAUACCCUGGGCCUCAACUCGGCGUCGGCUUGCUUGGCGGGGCGAUUGGGAUUUCCCGGGGCAUGGCGCGCAGAGGUUUUGCCGCGGACCCUGAAGAAGUUCCAGAUGUAUAUGCGGCAGCAAGGCUAG